UAUCUUUUACAGGCUGUGUAGGAACAACUUGCCUGAACUCACCUUACUACCAGUUUUUCAAGAACCAUGAAAGUAGAUGAGCGCGCAUGUGUCAGCCGAAGGAUUACCGCAUCUUUACAAUCAGUUUUGCCUUAUCUUUGCGUGAACAGAAACAAGCCAUCGUGAGAAAGCAACAGAAAUAAUUUGACGCUAUCAGACAAAGAGAAAGAAAAAUGGCUGAGACUCCAAAGAUUGAGCUCUUCGUGAAGGCCAGCGAUGAUGCUGAAAGUGUUGGAAACUGCCCUUUCUGUCAGAGACUCUUCAUGAUCCUUUGGCUGAAGGGGAUCAAUUUCACCCUGACCACUGUUGACAUGAGGAGGGCACCUGAUGUGCUGAAAGAUUUGGCUCCUGGAUCUCAGCCUCCUUUCCUCAUCUACAAUGAUGAAGUCAAAACAGACACUAACAAGAUUGAGGAGUUCCUGGAGGAGAAACUUGCCCCACCAAACUACACAAAACUCGGCUGCCGCUACAAAGAGUCCAACACCUCUGGACAGGACAUCUUCAGAAAAUUUUCAGCAUACAUUAAAAAUCCCAAUCCUGGGUUAAAUAGCAUGCUUGAGAAACAGUUUCUGUCAACUCUGGUUAAGCUGAGCAUGUAUCUUGACACUCCACUCCCCCACGAACUGGAUCAGAACCCAAAUAUCGCAGAGUCUACACGCCUCUACCUCGAUGGUGACUCCUUCACCUUGGCAGACUGCAACUUACUUCCCAAACUCAACAUCAUAAAGGUGGUGUGUAAGGAGUACCGUAACUUUGACAUCCCCAGGGAGCUGAAAGGACUGACACGUUACCUGGAUAACGCCUACAAACAAGAACAGUUUCGCUACACCUGCCCAAAUGAGUCAGAGAUCCUCAUUGCCUACAAAUCUGUGGCCAAGUACCUGACCAAAUAGACCAGGAGGGAAACUAUCAGGGUUGUUUUGUUUUUUGUAUUUAUCUGCUUUAUUUGAAACUCUCAUUUAUCCUUUGUGCUGACAGGUUUAUCUGUAUGUAACUAAAUUGCUAAGUUGUGCGUGUGCUUGAAUAGGAUCUCUCUUGUAACUGUUACCAACAUAAAUCUGUAAAAUGGCCUCUAGUGUCAGUAAAGAAGAAGCAAAACUGUUUCAUAACAAUGCAUUUGCACAUAAAAAGAGAUAUUUGCAACAUAAGGUUUAUAUUUGCAUAUUUAACAGGUUACUGCAAAUAUCAAAGAUUUUGUUCAUACUAAAAGUGCUGUGCUAUUUGGUCUUCUUCAGUCUUUGUAAGGUGCAGGACUGCUUUAUGCAUCUUUAAACGUACAUGCCAAAGCCUGAUGGUUUACAGGUAUAUUGUUGCUGUGUUUCAUAAAUCAGUAUUUUGCAUUCAGUUAAAUAGUCACAAAUAAAAAAAGAAUGAGUCAGUUCUGUAUUUCAGUGUCGUCUCUAAGCUAUGUUUACUUAUGAUAUAAUCUGUAAUUGAAUGAAGUGUGGUAACAUAAAAAAUAUUGUAUUUUGUUCAAUAUUAAAGGCUGCAUUAUAUAAAGAAA